UUGCUUAUUUGGUCAAGCAGCGCCCUUCUUGUGUGGGUUAACGUACGAGGCGCAACAUCGUUUCAGAAGGAGGAGUAGAACGGUUGUGCGAGUGGCGUGAGAGUAUUGAGCGGCUGAGCGAAAGGUCAGGUAAGGUGUAAAAUCAGCAAAUGUUUCUCAGGAGAACUCAAUAGUUCACGAUAUACAGAACAUUAUGAGUGGUACUCCUAAAAGAUUGCAUGAGGAGGUCAACCAUCCCGCAACUUCAAAGCAUCCGCUGGAAGAGAGUAGCGUGCCGCCCCUCGCUGUGAAAAUUUCUCAGUCAGGUUCGAAUGAAUAUCACCAGCCCUUUGAACUGGGGCCAGAAGGGCGCUUAGCAAAAGUCCAACGUACGGAAUCUCGGGAUGCAGAUAAACGACCAACUCUUUUUCCAGCAUAUCGAAUAUCAUCUUCCUCUAAUGAUUCGUGUGUAGAGUACCCAGUUACAACUGAAAACAGGUUGGAGUCAAAAGAUUCAAAGGAAAACAGAGAUUCCAAGGUUGAGAAUAGAGACUCAAAGUUGGAAGCAAAGGAUAUACACACUGAAGCCAGGAUAGAUGCUCAAUCUGGUAAAGGUGAGAAAGAUGUAAGGUUAGAAAGUAGGGGGGAUGUUAACAAAGAAAUAAAACAUGACAGGGAGCCUCAUACAGAUUUUAAGGCUGAAACCAAUAUUGAAAAGGAUGGUUAUACUGCAGGGAAUUUUCAUUCGAACUGGAAAGAGCACAAGGAACACCACAAAACGAAAAGAUAUCCAGAAACACCUGAGGACAGUUUGGAAGUAUGGCGUGGUUCACGACAUAAUAUGCAUGGGCCAAAUGAGACUAGAAAAGAGGCUUCAACAACUGAGGAGCGGGAUCGUUCAGAAGCACAUGAGGCUGUUGGGGAGAACAAGGUUGACUUGAAAAGUGAGGAUAAGUUCAAAGAGAAGGAAAGAAAAAGGAAGGAUGAAAAACAGAGGGAUUGGGGAGAAAGGGACAGGGACAGGAAUGAGCGGCGAAACAACCUUCAAGUUGGUAGUACCAAUAGUGAACGCAGAGAAUCAACGAGAGAAGAGAGAGAAGUAGAGAGGUGGGAGAGGGAAAGAAAGGAACUUCCAAAAGAUAAGGAGAGAGCAAAAGAUAGAGAGAAGGAUCAUAUUAGGAAAGAAACACCGAAUGGAACUGAGAAAGAGGAUAUACACAAUGAAAAAGAAUUAAUGGAUGGAUCUGUCAAAAUGCCUGAGCAAGAAAAUCCAGCGUCAGAGCAGAAGCUGCAGAAAGAAUUUGAUAGCUGGAAACCGGUUGAUAGGGAUGCUAAAGACAAAAGAAGAGAAAAAGAUGCAGAUAUGGAAGUUGAUAGACAUGAAAAACGCAGCAGGUCCUAUGAAAAGGAGUCAGAUGAUGGAUGGACCGAAGGAGAUGGAGGUACAGACAGAGAGAGAGAUGGUUUUGGUUAUGGGAUUCAGCAGCGUAAGAGAAUGCUUCGGCCAAGAGGUUCUCCCCAAGUGGCUAAUCGAGAACCCCGUUUCCGAUCCAGGACUCGGGAUAACGAAGGAUCGCAAGGUAAACCUGAGGUAUCCACCGUUGUUUAUAAAGCAGGUGAAUGCAUGCAAGAAUUGAUAAAAUUGUGGAAGGAAUUUGAAGAAUCUCAAGAGAACAAAACUGAUGAAAAUUCUUGUAAUGGCCCCACGCUGGAAAUUCGGGUACCAGCUGAAUAUGUUACUGCUACAAAUCGUCAAGUCAGAGGUGGCCAGCUUUGGGGAACUGAUAUAUACACAGAUGAUUCAGACCUUGUUGCUGUUCUCAUGCACACUGGUUACUGCCGCCCAACAGCAUCGCCGCCUCCACCUGCCAUCCAAGAGUUGCGUGCAACCAUUAGAGUGCUUCCACCACAAGAUUGUUACACAUCUACCCUGAGAAACAAUGUGCGUUCCCGUGCGUGGGGUGCUGCAAUUGGUUGUAGUUAUCGGGUUGAAAGAUGCUGCAUUGUUAAGAAAGGAGGGGGGACCAUUGACCUUGAGCCUUGUCUAACACAUACAUCAGCUGUGGAGCCUACACUGGCUCCAGUAGCUGUUGAGCGCACAAUGACUACCAGAUCUGCAGCGUCGAAUGCAUUACGACAGCAGAGAUUUGUUCGAGAAGUCACAAUACAAUACAAUCUGUGCAAUGAGCCUUGGAUUAAAUACAGUAUAAGCAUUGUUGCCGACAAGGGACUUAAGAAACCACUUUAUACAUCAGCUCGCCUGAAGAAGGGGGAAGUUUUGUAUCUAGAAACACAUAAAAACAGGUAUGAGCUCUGUUUCAAUGGUGAGAAGAUGGUCAACACAAUGACCACUUAUCAGGCUUCCGAUGCAAUGUCAGAAAAGCUCCAUCCCCACAGUUGCAAUGCCCAAAAUGGUGAAAGAAGUCAUGACCGUGAGACCAUGGUUGUUGAUGUAUUCCGGUGGUCUCGUUGCAAGAAACCCCUUCCACAGAAAGUCAUGCGUUCAAUUGGGAUUCCUCUAUCACUUGAACAUUUGGAGGUGUUGGAGGAGAACCUUGAAUGGGAAGAUGUGCAGUGGUCACAAACUGGUGUUUGGAUAGCAGGGAAAGAAUAUCUUCUUGCAAGAGUGCAUUUUCUGUCACCAAAUUAAUAUGAUUUUUCUUUUCUUAUUCAUGAAAAGAAGAAAUUUUAAUAUGAUUUCUGAUUCUGUUUAUGUACAAAUAACUAGAUGUAAAAAUGCGUCUGCAUUUGUGAUGUGGGUUUUUUUAUUUUUAUUAACAUUAUAUUAAAUUUGUAGGUUGUAAUUAUAACUUGGUAGACCAAACUUUCUGUUCUCUA